CGGUUCCAUUGUCUUCAUCAGUUAUUCACAGUUCCUUCGACCAGUGAAGAUCCUCCAGACAACAAUCAAUCAAUCAUGAAGUGCGACGCUGUUAUUGAGAAAGUCAAGGCCCGUGUUGCUGGAAUCGACGCCAAUGGCCCACGUAAGGUGCUUGGAGUGUUCCAGCUGAACAUCGAAGCAGCUGAUGGUUUGCAUGAGUUGGUUGUUGAUCUUAAGGAUCUGAAGGUGUACGAUGGCAAAACUGCUGGUGCAGAUGUUGUGAUCAACAUGAAGGACGAAGACUUCAUUUCCGUUGGAACCAAGGCUGUCUCAGUGCAUGAUGCCGUUGAACAGGGAAAGAUCAAGAUGACCGGCGACGAGGCUCUCUUCCAGGCUCUGGUUGAUGCUAUCUAAGUUAAACGGAAUUGAACUAUCGAAUAAUGAUCUAAAAUAUACAUUAAGCAAUAUUGAGAGAAA